GAUUUUUUUUUUUUUUUUUAAGCAAGAUAUUAUAUUAGUUUAGUGAGGAAAAAUGUUUACAGAAGCUUUUUAAAAGUAAAGAUCUAAAUACGAAUAACGCAUAUAGUUUAUGGAUUAUUUUUUAUUAGGUAACUAUCGACUAAAGUUGUUUUACAACUUCAACUGAAGAUGCAAUUAAGCACAAAUAUUUGCUUAGCCAAGGAAAAGUAAAAAUGAGCUUUUUGAUCAUGUAUAUUUAGUUUAGGGGAAAGUUUUCCUUUGGUGAAACUUGAAAUUACGAGUUAACGCAAACGCAUCACUUCGUCAUAUCUGUCUCUUUAUCUUCCGGGUCACCGAAGAGUGAGCCGUUAUUUUGUCAAAUUUACUAGCCUAAACCGAUAUAACAUUUUUGUGCAAAUAUUUUACGACAAACUGUGACCGACACCGCCCAGAGGGAAUAAAAAAAAAAAAAGGAAAAAAAUCGCGUCGGUGUUCUGAAGCUGGGGUUAGGGGGCGUGUCCUAUCGUCCGCCUUCAGACCUCUGCGCCUGGAAAACAAACACCAGUCCGCCAAAAUGGCUCCACAGUCUAUGUUCCGAGUGGGGCUCCUGGUGUCGUUCUCCGGUUUCCUGACGGUGGCGUUGGGAUUCGGACUACCCGCCCUGCUGAACGCGGUCAUGAGGAUGUUGGGACUCCCGGAGACGAGCGUGACCGAAUGCAUCGUUGUGGUGUACGCGCUCUUCGUACUGUACGUGGCGAUGCCCCGAAUCCCGAGAGGAUCCGUUCAGGUGAAAGGAAAAGGUGUCCUCGUCACAGGCUGUGACAGUGGAUUCGGUCACGCGCUCGCUAAGCAUCUGCACAAGCUGGGCUUCACGGUGUUUGCUGGAUGUCUCCUAAAGGAUAAAGGUGGAGAAGGUGCAAAGGAGCUGGAGGAGUUCCAUUCUGAUCGCAUGAAGGUGCUCCAGCUGGACGUCUGCAGUGACGGCGAGGUGAAGGCGGCGGUGGAGUUUAUCAGAAACAACCUGGAGGACUCUCAAAGAGGUCUGUGGGCCGUGGUGAACAACGCCGGCGUGUCCACGUUCGGAGAGGUGGAGUUCACCUCGGUGGACACCUACAAGCAGGUGUCUGAGGUCAACCUGUGGGGAACCAUCAGGGUCACUAAAGCUGUCCUGCCGCUGAUCCGCAGGGCCAAAGGUCGUGUUGUGAACAUAGCCAGCAUGUACGGGCGGAUGGGCAACGCCAUGCGCUCGCCCUACUGCGUGUCCAAGUACGGCGUGGAGGCCUUCUCGGACUGCCUGCGCUACGAGAUGAAGUCCUGGGGAGUCAAAGUGUCCGUCAUCGAGCCGGGGAACUUCGUCGUGGCCACCGGCAUCUUGACCCGGGACAUCGUGGCCACCACGGCGAACAAGCUGUGGAGUGAGGCGCCGCCGGACGUGAAGGAGGACUACGGGAAAGCCCACUUUGAGCACCUCAUGGCGUUGAUGCGCUCCUACUGCAACAGCGGGCAGAAGGACGAGGCCCCCGUCAUGGACGACAUCACAGACGCCAUCGUGUCAAAGCGGCCUUACACGCGCUACAGCCCCAUGGAGCCACACUGGUGGAUCCGAGUGCAGAUAAUGACCCACCUGCCUGGCGCCAUCUCUGACUUACUGUAUUUCUGAGAGGACACCGCUCCAAAUCAAUCAGGCCGAUCUGAUUUGUAAUAGCACUGAAAAUCAUUUACUGAUCAAGUGUUUUCUUUAAACCGUAAAUGAUGGCACUUUGCUUUUAAACGCCUGGUGAGAUUCAGACCUUUAUCUAUGCAGAUCCAUAACUACUACUCUCAUAAAUGCAAACGAAACUCAAAAUCUCUUGCUGUGAAGUAUUUUUGUGCUUAUCCUUUCAUACUUUUAUUUUUCUUGUCUCAUGGGAUCAUUCGGAGAGCCGCUGGCCUCAGGACCAAAGCUGAAAGGCUCCUGCUGUUCUUUAGUGAAUCGCCCCGGAACAAACGGAGGUCAGCUACUGAAGAAAAGAAAAAAGAAAAAAAGCCCUGGUGAGAUCUGGCUGGAGUCACCCAAACGUUACAUAAGAACAUUUUGUCUCACAGGCGCCAUGAGAUCUGGCUUGCUACUGUAAUAUUGGGAGAUUUUUACUCCUCACCCCUGACGGCACUAUUAUGUUUUUGCAAAAAAAUUGAUGACCACAAAAUUUUUUGAAAAUUAAUAUAAGAUGAAAUAAAUAUUUAAAUAAAU